GUUUAUUUUGGAUUCAAGUGAAACUAAAGUUCUCAUAAAAUCUAAAACUUGUUAAAUUGUUCACAUUUUAAGCACCAUAUCUCAUGUAUUUCACAAGUUCAAUUACUCAUUGCAUACAAAGCAUGACAAGAUCACAAGUUUUUUACUUUCUUCAUACCUUUAAUCAUGUCAUAUAAGGACAAGCCAUUUACCUUUUAAAAGAUGUGUGUAUUUUAGAAACUUAGCACAUAUAAUCUAUAUUCAAAGUAUUCAAACUUGGCUUAUUUUUUCUAAACUUUCAAUGUUAUAUACCUUCUAGGGCAUUUCUAACUAUAUGAUGCCAAGGAAGAAUCUACUUCUAGCUUCUUUAUCUUCUUUUGCUAUAGUUAUCUUCAUCUUCUUUAUAUCAUUUACUAUCCACUCGUUAACCACUUCCUUAACCAAUAUCAUUUUAUUACAACAAGCGCCACAGAUAGUAAACACGCAGUUCACCCUUUUGCUAGGUAUUUUCACACGACCAGGAAACUUCGAUAGACGACAUUUCCUUCGUCUUGUAUAUGGAAUACAAUCCACCCCCAUAGCUCGUAUCGAUGUAAAGUUCGUUUUCUGCAAUAUCACCAACAGAGAAGAAAGAACUUUUGUGGCUUUAGAAAUCAUGCGUUUUAAUGACAUUAUUGUCCUCAAUUGCAGAGAGAACAUGAAUAGUGGCAAAACUUAUACUUACUUUUCUACUCUUCCUCAAAUACUCCCCACACGUUAUGACUAUGUCAUGAAGGCUGAUGAUGAUGUUUAUUUGAGGCUUGAACCGUUAGCAUCAUCACUUCAAUCACUACCUAGAGUUGAUCUAUAUUAUGGCUUUGUUAUACCUUGCCCUAGUAUGAAUCCCUUUGUUCAUUAUAUGUCCGGGAUGGGAUUUGUUUUAUCGUGGGAUCUGGUGGAAUGGAUAAGAAGAUCGAAUAUUCCCGCGAAUAAUACGUACGGACCAGAAGAUAAAUUGGUUGGCCAAUGGCUUAAUAUGGGAAAUAAAGCAAAAAAUAGAUUUUCAAACAAGCCAAAGAUGUAUGAUUAUCCUGGAACUAAUGGAAAAUGUUCACAUGAACUUAUUCCAGAUACAAUAGCCGUUCAUCGACUUAAAAAGUGGGAGCAAUGGAUAAAUGUUCUAAGAUUUUUUAAUGUGACUAAACAACUUCAGCCAUCCAGUCUUUAUAGUAUAUCAUUUGAUUAAUUAAUAUAAUUCAAUUUUUUUACUUUUUGCUUAUAAUGUUAUUCUUAACUAUGAUCAAAGACGUUGCAAGAUAAAUUAUUAAUCUCCCA